UCACCGCCAGUGCGCCACAACAUUCCCUGAAGCGGAGGCUGCAGAUCCACCGACAGAUGACACGGAUCUGAUAUCGACGAAGCGUUUUAAAGCGUUUCUUCACAACCGACUGCGCUCCGUGUAAGUUAACAGAAGCGCUUAUUUGAUUCUGCAGGAGUAAAGUCCCUUCAUGUGAGACGAAGAGAUGUCGGUUAGCUUAGCCGUUAGCGCGCUAAUCCUUCAGCACAACUGAUCAAACUGUCACAGUCUCUGAUGAUAUUUAAACAGGUGAAAGAUGUCCGGGACAGAUGACCCUCGUAAACUCUUCCUCCUGACCACGGCGGGAAACUACUUCAGUCUGGACACACAAGCGUCUCUGUCCAGUUGCCGUCCUCUCGAUAACUUCUUAGAUGAUAGCAAUGAGUUCCUGCUCACCGUCAGCAGAGACACAGACGAGCUGCUCUUCUCCAACAAGCUGGAGAACAUGGACGGCGACGGCAGGGUUCUGCUGUUCUUCAAGCCUCAUCCGUGUGUGGUGAGCGAGGAGAACCUGCACCGAUCCGUCCUGGUGUCCUCCAUGCUGGAGUCUCCCAUCAGCACCCUGUACCAGGCUCUGAAACAGGUCUACGGCCCCGUUCUGCUGCAGGAUGAUAAAUGGAGUCAGUCGUUCGACUCAAAGCUCCAGUCUCUGCUCACGGAUCUUGAGGUCGGGCUGGGCUCUGUGCUCAGACAGGAUUCUGGGGAACGGAGUCAUUCAGAGACGGAUGUGUCGAGUAUCAUGACCCCUCUGGAUGAGUUCUGCUUCUGGGCUGAUGUCAGUCGCUCUGGACAGCAUAGCAGAGACAGAGACAGAGCAGCACACUUCUCUGAACUCUUCACCACCGUUGAGAAGGACUACAGCAAUCUGGACAGUUUCAGUCUGGUGGAGGUACUGGACCUGAUUGAGAGCACCCGUGAGACAGUAGAUGAUGUGUGGAAACAGAAUGAGCACGCCCCCUACCCCGAGACACGCAUGAUCCGACUCAUGGAUGUCAUAGGCGGAGCUCUCGGCAGGUUUGUACAAAGGAAGCUGAGCAGCCUGCACUUGUGGGAUGAUCCAUAUUUCACAGUCAGGGAGGGGCUUAAAGGGGGCGUGGCUGCCUGUGAGCAGUGGGUGGCGGUCUGUGAACACCUGACUGGUCAGGUGUGGAAACGCUACUCGCCUCAUCCGUGGAGCGGAGAGAAGCACCGCCCACAGGGGCUGCAGAGUCUUGCUCAGCGAUUGGAGGAGGUGCUGCAGGUGCGAUCUGUGUGUGAGAAACUGCAGCGUUUAUUAUCCGGAGGGAAGCUGCAGGUUUCACCCGCACGUGUGUAUCAGCCUUUCACAGGGCUCAACCCAAUACACUACAACCCUUAUACUGAGCCCUUAUGGAGAGCUGCAGUGUCUCAGUUUGAUCGACUCAUCACUCCAGCAGAACAGGAAGCAGCUGGAAAGCUCAAGACCUUCAUAAUAGAUACACAGGACAGUCCACAGCAGCUGCUGCAGGUGUUUCAGAAACACAGAGAACUGAUCAAACGACCCACAAUCAGCAAAGAACUGCAGCCCGAGAGAGAAACGCUUCUGACACGACUGCUGGACUACAACAAGGGACUGCGGGUGGAUUUUGAGAACCGCUGUCACGGGGCUCCAGGAGAGAAAACCGGUCCUCUAGCAGGACGAAACCUUCCAGAGGUCAUCAACAAUAUUGUGUGGGUCAGACAGCUGCUGCUUAAGGUGGAGGACUCUCUGAAGAUGGCAGACGCGUUGCUCUCCGACCUGUCUGGGUUUCGGCCGCUGCUCCGUUUCUGUGAUGAGCUUCAGGAGCAGAUGAGAUUGUACGAGCAGGAGCAGUUUGAAGACUGGAGCAGAGACCUGCUGUCAGGACUGUCUGACCCCAAAUCUGGAAUCAGUUUGCAGGCCAGUAAUCGUGUCAUGGAGUUGGAUCACAUGGACGGUAAACUGAAGAUCCAGUACUCGGACCGGCUGGUGAGUUUACUCCGAGAGGUUCGGCAGCUGUCCGCUCUGGGCUUCACCAUCCCUGCUAAGAUCCAGCAGGCGGCAAACACUGCCGACAAGUUCUACAGACAGGCCAUCAUCCUCAAACAGGUGGCUCAUUUCUACAACACCAUUGAUCAGCAGAUGAUCCCUUCUCAACGACCCAUGAUGCUCGGCUGUGCUCUGGCCUUUGAACAGGUCAUCAAGCAGAAUCCAUGCUCUCAAUCCCGUGACGAAGGCGGAAAACUCCAGAUCACGUGGGAGAAUCCUAAAGAGCUGGAGCAGUACAUCAGUAAACUGCAGAGCGCCGCGGAGAGACUCUCCACAGAGAACCGCAAACUCAGGAAGUGGCACACCGACUUCACCGACAAGGUGGUGAGUCUGAUGGGAGUGGAUCUCUUGCGUCAGCAGCAGAGGUGGAAAGAUGCUCUUCAGGAUCUCAGGACUGGAUUCGCCACACUAGAGUCUCAGGGGUUUCGUGCAGGAGACAUGAGGGCCUGGCGGCAGCACUGGAACCAUCAGCUGUAUAAAGCUCUGGAGCAUCAGUAUCAGGUGGGACUGGAGGCCCUCAACAAGAACCUGCCGGAGAUAAACAUCGACCUCAUCUUCAAGCAGGGGCGGCUGCAGUUCCGUCCUGCGUUUGAGGAGGUCAGAGCAAAGUACUACCGCGAGAUGAAAAGGUUCAUCUGCAUCCCGAACCAGUUUAAGGGCGUGAGCGAGACGGGAGAGGAGCUCAUAUUCACCUGCAUGAUCGAACGCAACGCCAGCGGCUUCCUGACCAUCUUCAGCAAAGCCGAACACCUCUUCAGUCGACUCACACACAUGCUGGACAAGUUUAAGGACUGGGUGGUUCUGGGGCAGGUGGAUGUGGAUGUUCUGGUGGAGAAACACCUUCACAACGUCCAGGACUGGGAGAGGAACUUCAGAGCUCUCAAAGCCAAAGGAAAAGAAGCCGAGCGGCUGCCCAGCACAGAGAAGGUGGACUGCAUCACGGUGAACUGUGAACCUGUCAGAGGGGCUGUGGACGAUCUCAUCCAGAGGCUGUUUGACGCUCUGCUGACGUCCCUGAGGAGAUCCAUCCAGGGUCACAUUCAGGUCAUAGACUCUUUCUUAAGCAGUUCGAUGGAGACGUUAUCCUCACGUCCUGAGAGCAUCGAUGAGAUCGGAGAGGCCAAUGCCAAACAUGGCCAAUUACAGACCCAGAAACCCGAGAUACUGCCUCAGUUCCAGCAGGCGGAGGAGAAGAACAGGCUGCUGCGCUCCGUGGCGGGUGGAGGACUGGACUCCAUCAGCUCCCUGAGAGCCAGAUGGGACAAGUUUGAGCUCAUGAUGGAGAGUCAUCAGCUCAUGAUUAAAGAACAGGUGGAAGUGAUGAAGGGGAACGUGGAGUCUCGGGUGCAGGUUUACCUGCAGGACCUGCAGAAGUUCAGAGCUCGCUGGGACCAGCUCAAACCGGGGCAUGACAUCAUCGAGUCAGGUGACCACGAGACUCUGCAGCGCUGCGUCCAGAACAUCCACGACAGACGAGCCGAGUUCAGCGAGCUGGAGAACACGCGCAAGAAACUCAUGGAGGACUGCGAACACUUUAACCUGAGCCCUCCUGACGUGUCUCUGGCGACCGACACGCUGCGGGAUCUGCAGGAGUGUUCAGAGAUGUGGGAACUUUAUGAGCAGUUUCAGCAGGGACUGGAUGAACACGCAGAGCAGGACUGGAUCUCCUUCAGGAGUAAGACUCACAUGUUCGAGGAGUUUCUGUUCGCGUGGCACGACCGUCUGAGGAAGCUGCAGGAGCACAGCAGCAUGUCUGUCAAACUGCAGAAGGAAGUGGACAGAUACAAGGCCGUGGUUCCAGUGUUGAAGUACGUGAGAGGAGAGCAGCUCUCUCAGGAACACUGGCUGGAUCUGUUCAGGCUCGUCUCUCUGCCCAGAGGAACCACACUCGAGAGACUGCAGUUCAGAGACCUGCUGAAGGUCACUGACAACAUCAUCGACAGAGCCCUGGAGCUCAAGGAUCUGAACAGUCGUGCUCAGGCCGAGGUCACCAUCCGUGAGGCCCUGCGUGAGCUGGAGCUGUGGGGCGCUGGCGCCUGCUUCACCCUGACGGACUACACAGACAGUCAGGGCGGCUCUCUGCGCCUCAUCAAGGACUGGAGGGACGUGGUCAACCAGGUGGGCGACAACCGCUGCCUGCUGCAGUCGCUCAAAGACUCGCCCUAUUACCUGCGCUUCCAGGACAAAGUGUCACUGUGGGAAACCCGUCUGGCCGACCUUGACGAGUACCUCCAGAACCUCAACACCAUUCAGAGGAAGUGGGUCUACCUGGAGCCCAUAUUUGGGCGUGGGGCUUUGCCACGGGAACAGGCCCGCUUUCAGAGAGUGGAGCAGGAUUUCAGGGCCAUCAUGUCAGACGUCCAGAGGGACAGCAGGGUCACGUCUCUCAGCACUCGAGCAGGAAUCAGGAACUCCCUCGUCACCAUCCUGGACCAGUUACAGCGCUGCCAGAAAUCCCUCAACGAGUUCCUGGAGGAGAAGCGUUCUGCAUUUCCUCGGUUUUACUUCAUUGGAGACGACGAUCUACUGGAGAUUCUCGGACAGGCCACAAACCCUACUGUCAUACACACACACCUGAAGAAACUCUUCGCAGGCAUCAGCAGUGUGGAGUUUGAUCCGAGUUUUCAGAGCAUCACAGCCAUGAAGUCCCAGGAGGGUGAGACCGUGCCGCUCCAGAACACCGUCAGCAUCUCCAACGACGUGGAGGUUUGGCUGAGCGCUCUCUCCACAGAGAUGAAAAACACUCUGAAACAUCUCCUGUGUGACUGUGUGGAUGCUGCAAAGAGAGGAAACGUGGAUCCCACGCGCUUUCCUGCUCAGGUUCUGUGUCUGGCAGAGCAGAUCCAGUUCACUGCGGAUGUGGAGAACGCCAUCCGACAGCAGAACCUCCAUCAGCUGGAGCUGGAGCUCACCACCAAACUGGAGAACUACAUCGGCGUAGACACCAACAUGGACGACACCGCAGAAUCAAGAGUUCUGCAGUUGAAACUGAAGGCUCUGAUUCUGGACGUGAUUCACAACAUCUCAGUGGUCCAGAGUCUGAGAGAAGCUCAGAUUGAUAACACCGAUGACUGGAUCUGGAAGAAACAGCUGCGAUUCUACCUGACCGCAGACCAGCGCUGCUCCAUACAGAUGGUGGACGCAGACUUCAGCUACACGUAUGAGUAUCAGGGUAAUGCUCCUAAACUGGUUCACACACCCCUGACGGAUAAGUGCUAUCUAACACUGACACAGGCCAUGAAAAUGGGUUUGGGCGGGAAUCCCUACGGCCCGGCGGGAACCGGGAAGACUGAGUCCGUCAAAGCCCUGGGAGGACUGUUCGGAAGACAAGUGCUGGUCUUCAACUGCGAUGAGGGUAUAGAUGUGAAGUCCAUGGGCCGGAUCUUCGUGGGGCUGGUGAAGUGUGGAGCGUGGGGUUGUUUCGAUGAGUUCAAUCGUCUAGAAGAGGCUGUGCUCUCCGCCGUCUCCAUGCAGAUACAAGCCAUCCAGAACUCACUGAAGAACCACGGGACCAUCUGCCAGCUGCUCAAUAAAGAGGUGGAGUUGGACCCAAAUUCGGGCGUCUUUAUUACUCUGAACCCAGCGGGUAAAGGAUACGGAGGAAGGCAGAAGCUUCCGGAUAAUCUGAAGCAGCUCUUCCGACCGGUGGCCAUGACGAGUCCCGAUAACGAGCUCAUCGCUGAGGUCAUCCUGUAUUCAGAAGGGUUUAAAGAAGGAAAGGCACUUGGACGAAAAUUGGUCGCUAUAUUUAAUCUGGCUAGAGAACUGUUGACGCCGCAGCAGCACUACGACUGGGGUUUGCGUGCGCUAAAGACGGUUCUGAGAGGCUGUGGCAGUUUGCUGCAGUUACAGAGACAAAACAACAACCCCAUGAAGGAGAGCGGGAUAGUGGUUCAGGCCUUGAGGUUGAACACCAUGUCAAAGUUGACGUUUGCCGACAGCUCUCGGUUUGACGCUCUGGUCAGAGACGUGUUUCCUGGAGUCGACUUUAAGGACGUGGAGUAUGAGAUGCUCAGAUCGGCUCUGCUGGCUGUUUACGAAGAGGCACGGCUGGAGAUCAUACCCAGUCAGAUGAAGAAGGCUCUGGAGCUGUACGAGCAGCUGCGGCAGAGGAUGGGUGUGGUGGUGGUGGGGCCCAGCGGGGCGGGGAAGUCCACCCUGUGGAGGAUGCUGCGGGCGGCGCUGGGCAAGAUGGGCCGCGUGGUCAAACAGUACACCAUGAACCCGAAAGCCAUGCCACGCCAGCAGCUCCUGGGACACAUCGACAUGGACACACGAGAGUGGUCCGACGGGGUUCUGACGUCCUCCGCACGACAGGUGGUGCGAGAGCCACAGGAGGUGAGCUCGUGGAUUAUAUGUGAUGGAGACAUUGAUCCGGAGUGGAUCGAGUCAUUAAACUCUGUGCUGGAUGAUAAUCGCUUACUCACGAUGCCCAGCGGUGAGAGGAUUCAGUUCGGCCCCAACGUUAACUUCCUGUUUGAGACCCACGAUCUGAGCUGCGCCUCACCAGCCACCAUCUCCCGCAUGGGCAUGAUCCUCCUCAGUGAUGAAGACACUGACGUGGGCUCUCUGGUGAAGUCCUGGCUGAAACGGGAGGAUGAAGACAACAGAAUGAAUCUGGAGAACUGGCUCAAUGAUUAUUUCCACAGAGCUCUGGACUGGGUUCUCAAACAGAGUGACUUUGUGGUGGACACCAGUCUGGUCGGGACGGUGCUGAACGGUUUGUCCCAUCUGAGAGGGGUCCGAGAGCGAGGACAGUUUGUCGUGGGACUCAUCCGUGGUUUGGGAGGAAAUCUCCCGCUCAAAUGCCGCCAGGAGUUCGCCAAGGAGGUUCUGAGUUGGGCCAGAGAAAGUCCUCCUGACCCCCGCAAGCCCCUGGACACGUACUAUGACUCUGCGUCCGGCCGUCUGUGUGUGUAUGAGCUGCAGCGAGGGGACGGUGUGUGUGUGGACGACCUCAGUAACCCACACAAUCUCCCCGUCAUACACACACCCGACACACAGCGCGGACUCGACCUCUUCACCCCGUGGCUCUCGUCCAAUCACAGGCAGCCGUUCCUGCUGGUGGGGCCAGAGGGAUGCGGGAAAGGGAUGCUCCUGCGCUGUGCGUUCUCUCAGCUCCGCUCCACACAGGUGGCUGUCGUGCACUGCAGCGCUCAGACGUCCUCCCGUCACGUCCUGCAGAAACUCUCACACACCUGUCUGGUCAUCAGCUCCAACACGGGACGUGUGUACCGGCCCAAAGACUGCGAGAGGCUGCUGCUGUACCUCAAAGACAUCAACCUGCCCAAACCUGACAAGUGGGGCACCAGUAACCUGAUCGCCUUCCUGCAGCAGGUCUUGACAUAUCAGGGCUUCUAUGAUGAGAACCUGGAGUGGGUCGGACUGGAGAACAUUCAGAUCGUGGCGUCCAUGUCAGCAGGCGGCGCUGUGGGGCGGCACACACUCACGUCACGCUUCACCUCCAUCGUGAGGAUUUCCACCAUUGAUUAUCCAGACAGAGAGCAGCUUCAGACCAUCUACAGCGCAUAUCUGAAACCCGUGCUGCAAAGGACUCUGGGUAAUGAUCCGACCUGGAGCUCUGCAGGGAAGAUCCACCAGCUCGCCAGCUCAUUGGUGCAGGUGUACGAACAGGUGAAGGCUAAAUUCUCCGUCGAUGAUUACAGUCAUUAUCUGUUCACCCCAUGUUUGCUCACACAGUGGGUCCUGAAUCUUCUGCGAUACGACCUGAGCGCAGGUACAUCGGCUGUAGAUUCAGUGCUGGAGGUGGUGGCGUACGAAGCCCGGCGUCUGUUCAGGGACCGUAUCGUGUCCUCUAAAGAUCUGAAUGUGUUUGAAAACAUCCUGUCCUCCGUCAUCAGGGGCGACUGGGGCUCGGAUGCACUCGACAACAUGACAGAUACAUACUUUGUAACGUUGGCCGCGUCUCACGAGGGCCGUUCUCCUGGUCAGCCGCUCCCGCCUCACGGCAAACCGCUCGGACGUCUCAACGCCGCUGACCUCACUGAGAUCAUACACAAGGGAAUAGUUCUGUACGGCCGUGAUAAUCGUGAGCUGGACAUCCUGUUGUUUCCGGAGGUUCUGGACUACAUGUGUCGAGUGGACCGUGUCCUGAGCUCUCCGGGCGGGUCACUGCUGCUGGCGGGGCGUAGCGGCGUUGGUCGGCGUACAGCUACAUGUGUGGUCAGCCACAUGCACGGGGCGUCACUCUUCACCCCCAAAAUCUCCCGCUCGUACUCGAUGAAACACUUCAAAUCUGACCUGAAGACUGUCAUGCAGUCGGCCGCUGUGGACGGACAGCAGGUUGUUCUGUUGCUGGAAGAUCAUCAGUUUGUUCAUCCUUCCUUCCUGGAGAUGGUCAACAGUCUGUUGUCCUCAGGUGAAGUCCCAGGUUUGUACUCCACUGAAGAGCUGGAGCCUCUUCUGUCAUCUCUGAAAGAUCAGGCAUCACAGGAUGGAUUCACCGGGCCAGUUCUCAACUAUUUCUCCCACCGCGUUCAGCAGAACCUCCAUGUGGUUUUGAUCCUGGACUGCACUAACGAGCACUUCACCAUUAACUGUGAGAGUAACCCCGCCCUCUACAGGAAGUGCUCAGUCCAGUGGAUGGAGGCCUGGUCCGACAGCAGCAUGAAGAAGAUCCCAGAGAUGCUGCUGUCAAGGAUCAAGGAAGCAGAAGACGAGAAAGAUGGAGGCAAACAGAAGAAGAAGAAGAAAUCUGGAUCUGUGCACGCAGAGCUCUAUCGCUCCUUCCUGGCGAUUCACGAGUCGUGUCGGGAUUUCGGAGCCACACCUAGUCAAUACCUGAGCUUCCUGCAGGUGUACCAGACCAUCUACAGCUCCAAACGGACAGAGCUGACCCACAAACAACAGCACCUACAGGCGGGCGUGGCCAAGCUGAAUGAAGCCAAGGCAUUGGUGGAUGAGCUGAAGAGGCGGGCGGCCGAGCAGAGCAGCUUACUGAAGACCAAACAGACCGAGGCUGACGCCGCCCUGCAGGAAAUAACCUCGUCAAUGCAGAACGCUAGUGACCAGAAGACGGAGAUGGAGAAGAUCAAAGAGAGGAUGGCACACGAGGUCUCCAAGAUCGAAGAGAGGAAGAAGAAAAUAGACGAGGAGCUCCGAGAGGUUCAGCCCCUGGUGGACGAGGCAAAGCAGGCGGUGGGGAACAUUAAACCAGAGUCUCUGUCUGAGAUCCGCUCGCUGCGCAUGCCGCCCGACGUCAUCAGAGACAUCCUGGAGGGCGUGCUGAGGCUCAUGGGAAUAUUUGACACGUCCUGGGUCAGCAUGAAGAGUUUCUUAGCCAAACGAGGAGUGAGGGAAGACAUCGCCACGUUUGAUGUGCGCAGUAUUAGUCAUGAGAUACGACAGAGCGUCGAGGAGCUGCUGCAUAGAAACAAGGCAUCCUUCGACCCCAAGAACGCCAAGCGUGCGAGUGCAGCCGCCGCUCCUCUAGCUGCGUGGGUGAAGGCUAACGUCCAGUACUCACAUGUCCUGGAGAAGAUCCAGCCGCUGGAGACGGAGCACGCAGGACUGAUGGAAAACCUGCGCAAGACGGAGAACCGGAAGAACAGGCUGGAAAAAGAGCUGAACUCUGUAGGAGAGAAAGUCCUGGAGCUGAAGGAGAAGUUUCAGUGUCGUACGACUGAAGCAGCUAAACUGGAGUCAGAGGUGAGCAGAGCACAAGAGACCAUCAGCGCAGCCGAGAAACUCCUGCAGCAGCUGGACGGAGAACACACACGCUGGAUCGCACAGGUGGAUGAGAUCAGUGAGGAGCUGGACACUCUUCCUAAGAGAGCUCAACUGUCUGCUGCUUUCAUCACAUAUCUGCCUGCCGCUCCUGAAGACCAGCGGCGCAGCAGCCUCGACCACUGGAUGAGCAGCUCAGGACUACAGAAGUUCGAUCUGCGUCAGUUCCUGUGUUCUGAGAGCGAGCAGCUGAUCUGGAAGAGUGAAGGCUUGCCGUCUGACGACCUGACGAUGGAGAACGCUCUGGUCAUCCUGCAGAUUAAUGAAAACAGAUCACGGAGUGCUUCUUGUCCGUUCUUGAUCGAUCCGUCCUCUCGUGCGACAGAGUGGUUGCGAACGCAUCUGAAAGCGCAUCGUCUGGAGGUCAUAAACCAACAGGAUGCUAACUUCAUGACGGUGUUGGAGUUAGCCGUGCGCUUCGGUAAGACUCUGGUCAUUCAGGAGAUGGACGGUGUUGAACCCGUCCUGUACCCGCUGCUGCGCCGAGAUCUUAUCGCACAGGGGCCGAGAUACGUGGUACAGAUCGGAGACAAAGUCAUCGACUAUAACGAGGAUUUCCGUCUGUUUCUGGCGACCCGUAACCCCAGUCCCUUCAUCCCACCGGACGCCAAGUCUGUCAUCACAGAGGUCAACUUCACCACCACUAGAGCAGGACUGCGAGGACAGCUGCUAGCAUUGACCAUCCAGCAGGAGAAACCAGAGCUGGAGAGCCAAAAAACCAAGCUCCUGCAGCAGGAAGAGGAGAAGAAGAUUCAGCUCGCUCAGCUGGAGGAGUCUCUGCUGGAGACUUUAGCGACCGCUCAAGGGAAUAUCCUGGAGAACAAGGAGCUGAUUGAGUCUCUGAACCAGACUAAAGCCAGCAGCGCUCUGAUCCAGCAAUCUCUGACUGAAUCGCAUCGCCUGCAGACGUCUCUCGACCAGGAAAGAGACGCGUACCUGCCGCUAGCCGAGACGGCCAGCAAAAUGUACUUCGUGAUCACGGAUCUGUCCCAGAUUAAUAACAUGUACCGAUUCAGUCUGGCCUCGUUCCUGCGACUCUUUCACAGAGCGCUGCAGACCGAGCAGGGAAGCGAGAGCACCGAUGUCAGGAUCUCCACGCUGGAGAGCCGUCUGAAGAACAUGGUGUACGAGUAUAUCUGCCGCUCACUUUUCAAGGCGGAUCAGUUGAUGUUUGCGCUGCACUUUGUGAAGGGAAUGAACCCAGAGCUCUUCCAGGAGAACGAAUGGGACGUGUUCACUGGUCUGAUCGUUGGAGACAUGAUUCGCAAGACAGACUCCCAGAAGUCUCUGCGAGAACAGUUUCCAUCUUGGAUUGAUCAGGAGAGGCUGAUAGCCGUGGCUCUGCUCAAGAGCACAUUUCCAGUGCUGUAUCAGUCUCUCUGUCUGAACGACUCAGACCAGUGGCUCACGUUCUCACAAAGUUCCUGCUGCGAACAGGAAAUCCCGCCCCCCAUUGCCAAGAAGAUUUCACUCUUUCAGCAGGUUUUGGUGGUUCAGGCGUUACGGCCGGAUCGCUUACAGAGUGCGAUGGCUGCCUUUGCAUGUCAAGCCUUGGGGAUGAGGGAACUGUCUCCUCCUCCACUGAAUCUGAAGCGUCUGUAUGAAGAGACUCUGGAGUCUGAGCCUGUUUUACUGAUCAUCUCUGCCGGAGCGGAUCCAUCUCAGGAGCUCCUGGAACUCGCCGGUCAGAUUGUGGGGCGAGAAAACUACCAUGAGCUGGCGAUGGGUCAGGGUCAGGCAGACGCGGCUCUCCAGACGCUCAGAGAGUGUGUUCGCUCCGGUGAAUGGCUGUGCUUGAAGAACCUGCACCUGGUCACAGCGUGGCUCCCCCUGCUGGAGAAGGAGCUCAACAGUAUGAAGCCCAAAGCCGGUUUCAGAGUUUGGUUGACUGCUGAGGUUCAUGCAAAGUUCACUCCCAUACUGCUCCAGUCCAGCCUGAAGGUCACCUAUGAGGCUCCUCCAGGCCUCAAGAAGAACCUGAAGCGGACGUAUGAAUCCUGGAGCGCGGAGCAGAUCAGUAAAGGCGGUCACCUGACUCGAGCUCAGUCGCUCUUAUGUCUGGCCUGGUUCCACGCCGUCUGUCAGGAGAGACGCAACUACAUUCCACAGGGUUGGACGAAGUUCUACGAGUUCUCUCUGUCAGACUUGAGAGCCGGCUUUGAGAUCAUUGACAGUCUAUUUGAAGGUGGGAAGGCGUUUCAGUGGGAAUUCGUGCAUGGUCUCUUGGAAAACGCUAUCUACGGCGGCCGCAUCGAUAAUGUGUGUGACCUGCGAGUCCUUCGCUCGUACCUACAGCAGUUCUUUAACGCUCAGCUCCUCUCACAGUCACACACACACUCACGUGUCAAGAAAACACACACUUUCCCGGCUCAGAUAACCCUGCCCAACUCCUGCAGCAUAGCGGAUUAUCGUGCAGUGGUGGACGCUCUUCCUGAAGACGACAGACCCAGUUUCUUCGGCCUGCCUGCAAACAUUGAGCGCUCUGCACAGAGAAUCAUCAGCUCACAGGUGAUCUCUCAGCUGAGGAUUCUGAGUAGGUCUGUAGCAGCUGGCUCCAAAUUUGACAGAGAGAUCUGGUCUAAUGCACUCUCACCUGUGCUCAACCUGUGGAAACGUCUCAACCAGGGUUCCUCAUUAAUCCAUCAGAAGGUGGCUCCGCCCACUGAGGGCGUCGGCUCUCCCGUUCUCUCAUUCGUCCAGCUGGAGCAGUUUAAUGCGGUGCGAUUGGUCCAGAGCAUUCACCAAUCGCUGGCCUCGCUCAGUAAGGUCAUCAGAGGCACAUCCCUCCUGACCGCUGACGUACACAAACUGGCCACUGCGCUCCUCAACCAAGAGUGUCCGUUGAGUUGGCAGAAUAAAUGGGAAGGCCCUGAAGACCCGAUGCAGUAUUUGCGAGCCGUCGUGUCCCGAGCACUUGCGAUUCAGGCAUGGGUGGAGAGGGCAGAGAGGGGCGGACUGCUGUCAGAGAUGCUGGAUCUGUCGGAGAUCUUCCACCCGGACAGUUUCCUGAACGCACUGAGACAAGAGACCGCCAGGUUGAUGAGCUGCUCUAUGGACAGUCUGAAGUUUGUCACGUCCUGGAGGGGUCAGAUUGCUGAAGCGAAGCUGCAAGUGAAGGUCGGCGGCUUGCAGUUGGAAGGUUGUGUUUUUGACGGAAAGCGUCUGGCUGAGAGCCAUCAUGACUCUCCCAGUGUGUCUGCUGUUCCUGCGUGUUACAUGGCCUGGAUCCCACAGAGUGCAAUGGGAAGUUAUUCUCCGGACGAGUGCAUCUCUCUGCCCGUGUACAGCAGCGCUGAGCGUCAGCGUGUGGUGACAAGCGUGCAGCUGCCGUGUGCUGGAGAUCAUGACACAUGGAUCCAGAGCGGAGCGGCGCUUUUCCUCAAACAGCAGUAACACACACACACACACUGUGAGCGCCUCAUAUGCUCACCCUAUACCUCUUUGGCUGCAUAUUUUGUCAUAAUCGCUGCAUUAAAGCUGCUGUGAGACUAAAGAUUUAAUCAGUCUCGUUGCAGGUAUUUAUAUUAUUAAAUAAAAGAGUUUUCAUCAA